AUGAAAUCAAAUAACUUAAACUCUUCAAUUUAGGCUGGAGAUUCUUAGUUUUUAUAUUAAUAGCAAUAAAAAUAAUUUGGAAUAGAUUAGUAGAACAGAUAAUAUUGUUAAUAAUUAGAACAAGAGAUAUUAUAAUUUGUAUAAAUUUUGAAUUCAUAAGAAAGCAAAUGGAGGAAAAAAAUUCAAAUAUCAGAAAAAGAGUAUCGAGAAAAAAUUGCGAAUUUUUAAUCUAAGGUCAAGAAAAGUGAGAGCACAAUUAUAGAAAUUAAAUAAUAAUCUAAAUAAGAGGAUUAAAUUAGUGAAAUGAUAAAAUAAUUAAAAGAAUAGCUGGAGGGACAAAAGAAUUAAUUAAUCUAAAAAGUAGAACAAUAAAAAGAGUAACUGAAUUACAAAGAGCAGCUAUUACAAAAUUUGAUAAAUUAAGAGAAAGAUUUAUCUGCAGAGAUAAAUAAAAAAGAGAUAUUUAUUGGGAAGUUUAAAGAGUUAAUCUAAUAGUAGUAGAAAGAAAAAGAGUUGAUAUUACAUGAAAAUGAUAAAAUAAAAAAGCAAUUGACUGAAAUCAAGUAAUUAUUCAAAGAAAAACUGCCUUAAUUGGGAUUAGAUGAAAUUUUUUCAAUUUUGAUGAGAAUGAAUAAGAAGGAGAAGAUGAGGAACUAGAGCUUCAAAUAUAAUAAAAUGUGGAUGACUCUACAGAAGAAGACGAAGGAUUAACUAUGA